AUGGAUGAGGCUGAAAGGAAGUUCCUGUUCGGGGAAAAUGAUCAAGAUGUGGAGAAAGGCCAAGAUGUGGAGAAAGGCCAAGAUGUGGAGAAAGGCCAGGAUGUGGAGAAAGGCCAAGAUGUGGAGAAAGGCCAAGAUGUGGAGAAAGGCCAGGAUGUGGAGAAAGGCCAAGAUGUGGAGAAAGGCCAGGAUGUGGAGAAAGGCCAGGAUGUGGAGAAAGGCCAAGAUGUGGAGAAAGGAAAAGAAGGGGAGAAAGGAAAAGAUGUGAAGAAAGGCCAAGAUGUGAAAAAGGCCAAGAUGUGGAGAAAGGCCAGGAUGUGGAGAAAAGCCAGGAUGUGGAGAAAGGCCAAGAUGUGGAGAAAGGCCAAGAUGUGGAGAAAAGGCCAAGAUGUGGAGAAAGGCCAAGAUGUGGAGAAAGGCCAGGAUGUGGAGAAAGGCCAGGAUGUGGAGAAAGGCCAGGAUGUGGAGAAAGGCCAGGAUGUGGAGAAAGGCCAAGAUGUGGAGAAAGGCCAGGAUGUGGAGAAAGGCCAGGAUGUGGAGAAAGGCCAAGAUGUGGAGAAAGGCCAAGAUGUGGAGAAAGGCCAGGAUGUGGAGAAAGGCCAGGAUGUGGAGAAAGGCCAAGAUGUGGAGAAAGGCCAGGAUGUGGAGAAAGGCCAGGAUGUGGAGAAAGGCCAAGAUGUGGAGAAAGGCCAAGAUGUGGAGAAAGGCCAGGAUGUGGAGAAAGGCCAGGAUGUGGAGAAAGGCCAAGAUGUGGAGAAAGGAAAAGAAGGGGAGAAAGGAAAAGAUGUGAAGAAAGGUCAAGUCGUGCGAGACUGCGACACUGUCUCUGUGUAUUAG